CUGUUGCUCGCAGACUCGGGGGCGUGUUGCUUGUCCCUCUUGUCCCUUCAUCGUUCCCUUUUCUCCUCCAUAAACUCACUUGUCCUACACUCUCUCUCUCUCUCUCUCUCUCUCUCUCUCUCUCGGCUGUUAUAAAUCCUUGGCACAGGAUUUGGUUUCUCUUCACCUCUCCGGAAUAAACCAUGGCGCGUCAAGCUCGGGCUCUGGUCUCCUCGAAAUGGCUCUGGGACGCUGUGAAGGCGCAGGCGAAAGUGCGCGUCUUGGAUUCUUCAUGGUACUUGCCAAAGAUGCGGCGCAACGCAAAGAGCGAGUUCAUGAAGAGGCACAUACCAGGUGCGGCGUUCUUUGACAUAGACCAGUGUUGUGACAAAACGUCCCCUCUGGACCACAUGAUGCCAUCGGAGAAGAGUUUCGCAGACUACGUUGGAAACUUGGGGAUCGAGAGCGACACGCACGUCGUGGUGUACGACGCCAGCGACGUCGGUGCGUUCUCUGCGCCGCGCGUGUGGUGGAUGUUCCGGAGUUUCGGGCACAGCGCGGUGUCGCUGCUCAACGGCGGGCUCAGGAGCUGGGAGCUGGAAGGUCGGACUGUGAGUGACAAGUGCAUCAGACCGGCGCCGACAGAAUUCAGGGCCUCACUGAACCGAUCCUGGAUCAAGACUUAUGAGGACAUCCUAGAUAACCUGGACACCAAGACUUUCCAGGUGGUCGAUGCCAGGCCAGCAGGCAGGUUCAGAGGACUGGACCCUGAACCCAGAGACAACACGGAGCCCGGCCACAUCCCUGGCUCCAUCAGCAUGCCCUUCCACUCCUUCCUGUCCCCAUCGGGUCACUUCCUGCCAAACGAGGAACUCCAGGCUUUGUUCAAGAGGGCGGGCGUUGACCUCACUCGCCCCAUCUGUGUCUCGUGUGGCUCCGCCGUGACGGCGUGCCUCGUAGCGCUCGCGGCACACGAGUGCGGGCACCCUGGGGUGUCGGUGUAUGACGGAGGCUGGUCAGAGUGGUACACCCGCGCCGUCCCGGAGCACAUCGUAUCGGAAGGACGAGGGAAGCAUCUGUGAGACGAAAAGGAGGACUUUUUAUUUCGACAUUUUGGGAUAGACUGCAAGUAUUACACUACACGCUCAGGUGUGUAUGCUUGAAGCUGCUGCUAGAGAUGUCAUCUGUUGGCUAAGUUAGGUGAAGGAAGAGAUGUAUGGCGCCUUCCAUUUGUACUCGGAACUUGGAGCGACCUCACCAACAAUGCUACUUUUACAGUUAAUAGCAGUUCUGUUCACAGUAAAUGGAUUGUACACGUAGUUUUGAACCGUAGAUCAUGUCAAGCAUUGUUAUUGACUGGCAUUGCAAGGUUGGCUUUUCUGACUUCUCAACUGGAAUGCAGUAAACUCGGCGGUGACGUCA